AUGGAGAAGUUCGCGUCGGAGAACGAGCGAUCGCUUACCGCUCUCCUACGCUUCCUCAACUCCCUUGCUCCGCACAAUGUCGAGCACCCGGCAGCCGGGACUCUGGAUCUGACUUUCCACAUUAGGUCUAGAGGAGAGAUCCAGGACCAAAAGGAAGGAGUCGAGGAAAGUGCUGAUCCGCAGAAAGAAGGGGGAGGUGAGGUAGCUGGUGGUGGAAAGAAUGAAGGAUUAGAGAAGCUGCGGAAGGUGCAGCUUAGGAUAAGGACGACUGGUGGUAACUGCAAGGAUUUGGUGGGGCGGCAACUAUCAGCCUUCUUCCAAGACUGUGGAGUGUCUUCUGAGUUCGUGUGGCCCAAGGGUUACUGGGACCUGCUCUCUCCUGCUGCCAUUGCACAUGAACUUGCGAAAGAGGACGCCAAAGCUGCUGCUGCCUCAGCAGAAGUAGCUGCAAUUCAGCAGCAGCAGAAGCAGGAGGCGAAGAAGAAUCACCCGAGAUUAGAAGCAGCGUUGGAUGCAAUAAACGGUGCAUUAGAAGCGAUAGCAUCGGUACCGUGGCAUGAGGCUCUGGAGGACAAAAAGAGAAUAGAGGACCAGCUUCUGGCAGUGCUGGUUGCAGAUGGAUGGAAGGUGGGAGAGAGCGUGAAGCGCAUGUGGGCUGGGGAAAGGGAUGUGAGGAAGCUUUGUCUGGGGUUGGAUGAAGGGAGUGCUAAGAUGGUGGCUCGGGUGUUGGUGCAUGUGCAGGGAAAUGAUAAGGAGCAUGGGAAAAUGGUGUAUGUGGUGGAGGGGAUGGAAGGAGAAAAGGAAGUGAAGGAUGGAGUUAGUGGUGAUGAGAAGGGAGGGGAGGCUGUUGGGGAAGGACCCUCUUCUCGCCGCGUUUUAGCCAACGAGGCGCUUCUAGACCACGUGCCGGGUCAUAAAAAUAUCCGCUCCUUAAACCGCGCGAUCCGGCGGAAGCAGCUCGCGGAGCUCAGCCUCAGCUUCUUCCCGCAAAAAAGGGGAGGCGGCGCGAUAUUCGGUCCCGAAGCGAAGGAGGAGGAGUUGUUAGGAGGGUGGGUGGGAGGCAGGAGGCUGAAACCCAGGCACCUGGCGUGUAGAGGAGGGGACUGCCCUAAUAUGGAAAUGUGUGGGCUGGGCAUAGAAGCAUGCUGGAACCCCGGGUUAGUGGAUCCAGGGUUAGGAGGGCCCGGGGGAGACGGGGGAGGAGGGAGAGAGGGCAGGGAGGCUAAAGAGGUUGAACCGAGUGGGGGGGAUAGUGGGGGGGAUAGUGAGCGGGGUAUCGUUUGCCCGGUGUUGCACAAAGGGAAAGUGGAACUUAACGAGAUGUUCCCUCCUAAUUGCACUGUGGAGCCUGAGGAAGAAGAGGAGGAUGAGUUUCAGCAAGAUGCUCCUGCAGGAGAAGGGGGAGGGAGAGAGUCAGGGUUCGGAAUGGGAGGGGGCGCGGGGGGGAUGGAGUUGGGGGAGGAGGAGGCGUCUGCGGGGAUGGUGGGGGCGGAGCAGGUGUUACCUGGGGUGGGCGGGUGGGCGGGGCAGGUGUUUGUGCUGCAUAAUGUGUUCGUGGACCCGUGGGGGUUGGUGUUCAACGCCUCCCAUGUCUUCCGCGCGGGGGGGUGCCGCCCCCACUUGCGCCGCCAGAAGUUCGUGUACCACAGAGGCACACAGGUGACCCUACACAAGCUGGUCGUGAACCUCAUGGUGCCGUCCCCUCAGAGACACCUCAAGGCGCGCCACCCGCGCUUCCACACCGUCUUCCACCGCCUCGUGCACCAGCUGCCGCUCUUCCUGCCGCUCGCCCCGCUGCUGCCCAAGCUCGUGGAGCACGAUGCUCGGUUCCUCGUGCAUGAGAAGAAGGUACGGCGAUUGUAUAAGGGCGGGCCGGAGUUGAAAGUUGAUGUUGAAUCCACUUGCCAUGCCGUCAGGGAAGGAGCAUGGCACCUCGACUCGCAGUCACCACCCCCCUGCCGUUCUCCGUUCUCCUUCCAUGCCACUCUAUACCUCAUUCCCUUCUUUCCAUCUAUUCACCUCAAGCCCCUCACCGCACACCGCACACCGCACACCGCACACCCCACACCCCACCCACGCUUGACACCCCAUGCCAUACCCCACCCCUCCACGCAGUACCUGCACUCGCUUGCGCUGCACAUUCUAGGCGGGGACCCGUCGCGCCGAGCGCUGGUCCUACAGGAGGAGGCGCAGCACCUCAUCUUCGUGGAGCGCCUCGUGCAGCCCUUCUUCCAACACUGCUCCCGCCCCAGCCCCGCUCUCUGGCGCUCCCUCCGCUCCUCCCACCUCCUCCCCCCUGCUGGUCUCCCUGUUUUCGACAAGAACUGGCGCAGGCAGGACGUGGCUCCUGUGCCUGCUACAGUUGAGGACGCAGUGGCGGCAGCAGCAGCAGCAGCAGCAGAAGCGGGAGGGGUGGGAACAGGGGCAGCGGCAGCAGAGGUAGAAUCCAUUCCGAUUCCGAAGAAGGAUUGGGUGGUGAUUAACGCACAGCCGCCGGGGGUGUUGGAGUUAGAACGAGCGGCUGAGCAUGAAGCUGCCCUGAAAGACAAUUUCUGGUUCGGGCGGAUACAGCAGCACCUGGCAGGCAAGGGGUUCGACUCCGCCAAGAAACUUUUCACCCGGGCAGCUUUGCUGGUGACCACGCCGGGCGAGGCGCUCCUGAACAUGAUUUUCAUGCCGCCCGGCGCUACAGUGUUUGAGUACCAGCCGCGGGAAUCCGCCACAAAUGCCCACCGUGCUUUCGCUCACGUACUCGGUCUCAAAUACGCGUCUUAUAUCUGCAAACGAACCAGGAGAGCUCUUGACGAGGAUGACCCAGUAACCAUCUACUGCCAUCCCAUGACAGUCCGACGUUUCUUCACACACAUUGAAUCAGUUGUCUUCCACAGUCCGGUGCUUCCUGGAGGAGGGUCUUCCCGAUCGCUGCUUAACCGAGACUUUAUUCCCGGUUCACUGCUGCAGAACAGGGCUGAAGUGAGGAAGUUUAAGAGGUGGGCGGCGUGUGUGGGGAGGCGAGGCACGUGGGUGGAGAACCCUACUCCCCGCAAUCUGCCCUGGGAUUUCCGAGGAUAUAGCAAUCAAUGCGACGCGAGGAAUCGCGCGGAGGGGCGAGGGUACCUGACUGGGAACGCCGCGGAUGCGAUGGCAGCAAAGGCAAAGGCAAAGGGGGAUAGUACAGGCUGGAAAAUAAGCCCUUCGUUGAAGUAUGAAUGGGUGGUGGACGACGGGGCCUGUGGUGGCGUGGGGGGCGAAGGGGGGGGCGAAGGAGGAAGAGGAGGAGGUGGAGGGAAGGAGCAGACGAGGAGAAGGAGGCUGGGGGCAGUGGAACCUCUCCCUGUCGUCACACAACAGCGACGGCGGCGGCGGCUCAAGAAGGCAGGUGCUUCAUCACCACAAAACACCUCCUUCUCUUCCUCCUCCUCUUCCUCCCCGUCCGCCUGGCUUCCAUUCGACCCAUCGGCGUUCUGUGAAAAGGUUCUGAAGAACCGGCGUAUGCUGGUGGUGGGGGAUUCGAAGCAGUUCCAGCUCACCACGUCUCUGAUCAACGCGCUUGCCACAGGCGUGCGCAAGCCCGCAUGGGGGCUCAUUGAAGAGAUUGAGGCUCCGGAGGGGUGCGCUGCUGCUCUGGACAAUGACCCGACUCGCUACCUGCAUGACUUUUGUAAAAGCUACGUAUUCAACGGCACCCUCUGCCCCGGCUUCCAAUUAGACUACAUCCGAGCAGACCGCCUCUGGAUCUUCGACCCGCGCCCGCCCGAGUUCGAGUACAUGCCGUGGGUGCAGCCAGCCCUCUCCCAACUCUCCACGGCCGACAUAAUCCUCAUCAACCGCGGCGCCCACUGGACCGCCACAGAGGAUUUCCUCAGUGGCUCCCUCUCCCCCUCCUCCACCUCCUCCUCCUCUCGCUCAUCCUCCUCCUUCCCUCCUAAAGCCUCUUCUCGCCGCGUUUUAGCCAACGAGGCGCUUCUAGACCGCGUGCCGGGUCAUAAGAACAUCCGCUCCUUAAACCGCGCGAUCCGGCGAAAGCAGCUCGCGGAGCUCAGCCUCAGCUUCUUCCCGCAAAAAGGGGGAGGCGGCGCGGUAUUCGGUCCUGAAGCGAAAGAGGAGUUGCUAGGAGGGGGGCCCCGGGGGAGGAGGAGCUGGGGAAAAAGGGGGGGAGGAGGAGGAGGAGGAGAGGAGGAGGAGGAGGAGGAGGAGGAGGAGGAGGAGGAGGAGGAGGAGGAGGAGGAGGAGGAGGAGGAGGAGGAGGAGGAGGAGGAGGAGGAGGAGGAGGAGGAGGAGGAGGAGGAGGAGGAGGAGGAGGAGGAGGAGGAGGAGGAGGAGGAGGAGGAGGAGGAGGAGGAGGAGGAGGAGGAGGAGGAGGAGGAGGAGGAGGAGGAGGAGGAGGAGGAGGAGGAGGAGGAGGAGGAGGAGGAGGAGGAGGAGGAGGAGGAGGAGGAGGAUGAGUAG